AUGCAACCUCCGUCACUUCCACCUCAGUCGCCUUCUGUGGGAUUAGAGACAACUACAAUUGGUAAAUAUAUUGCUCGCUUUCGCUACGAAAAACCGCAACCUCGCGAAGCUCGCAUGGCCGCCGAGCAUGGCGACUUCUGGUGGACAAGGUCUCCUCGUUAUACCCGUAGUCUGUCGCCUUUUUCCAAGCGGGAAUCGAACGAUGUAUUUGAUUAUUUAGACGACGAUGAAGAAGAUAAUGCUGAUGGUGAUUCAGAAAUAAAAGUGAAGGAGGAAAUUAUGCAGUUGCCAGCUGAAGAGGAGUGUGAAAGUGUUGAAAACAAAUUACAUCGGCGAUCAACUUGUUUGAGCAGGCAGUCAAUAGAGAAGACACGUGAUAGUUGGGAUAGAUUAGGUACUGUAAGGACAUCGGAAUCGAUGCAGUCUUGGGAUUCUGUAAAUUUGGAGUUGAUGGAUUUUGAAGACGAGGAGAUACGAAACGAAGAGGACCCAGAGGAUGUUAUCGAGAGAGUGCGCAGACGUCUAGGGUGGGAUACGACAAUGCCGGCGAAUGGCUUACUGAAUGCACCGAGGCCAAAACCAACCAAAUUUCAGCUAGCGAUUGCAAAAAGAGGUUGUCACAAUCUUGGGAUGAAGCCACCGUUGUCGCCUAAUUUGUGCACCAGACUAGACGCUGUCGACAAGUCCACACCGAGUUUACGCCCAUCACAAUUAGGACGAGAAUUCGGUGCAAGGGAUUUUAACGAAAGGGUGUCCCCGACAUGCGAUGCGAGCGCGAGAAUCGUGUCCGUAAUCGAGGUUGAAGAAAAUCUGGAGCACUUAGCGAUCGCUGAACAAGAUGUGCAACUGGAGGCAGGGAAUAAAUUUUCGAAGUCGGUGACUUAUGAAACGGUUUCAGAUGUAUUGUCAUCAGGCGAUUUUACAAUCAAGCAAUUGCAAUGCAGCUGCAAAACAGUAGCUUCACAGUUGCCUGAAUCAGAGAAAGCAUUCGACAGCGCAGUCAUUAUACCAUCAAACAAUAUCAUAGAGAAGCAUCGAAGUAUCGCGUUGUCUCAAGUGGAAAAGAGCGGUCCAGUUGAAGAAAACAGGUUUGUUAACUUGCAGUCACCACACCAAAUUCCAGAUGAUGACACAGCUGGCACAGUGACAAGCUCCUUACUUGAACAAAAAGCGAGUCCUGUUAGGGCUUCUUCAGCGUCAAAACUAGCCGUCCACUUGUCAAGUGACCAAUUAAUAGUUGUACAAGAUCAGGACUUGACCUCAUCAGGCAGCUCAGACAAAAUGGUAUCAGUUGAAACGACGAAAAUACUUCACGAUAUGGUGAAUUUUGUGGUGCGUUCAUGGGAAAAUAACUUUCAUUUGAAAUCCGUAAGUGAAUUAAAGGAUUCAAGGGGCGAGUCGCAAGAACAAAUUGCAAGCUUAGAAACAAAUGUAAAUUUGCAAGAUAAUGCGUGCGAUGAAACGGUCUCACAUCGCGUGGGUCUUACAGCAACCUCAAAAGGAAGUGAUACAGACAAGGAAGUAGGUGAUGAUGCCCAAAAUUUGAAAAAAAUGACUACCGAGGACAGCGUCUCACAUCACGUGGGUCUUACAGCAACCUCAAAAGGAAGUGACACAGACAACGAAGUAGGUGAUGAUGCCCAAGAUUUGACAAAAAUGACUACCGAGGACAGCAAUGAUGAAAUUUUUACACAGUACGACACUGAGUUUUCAAACAAAGAGUCCACUCGACCCGAACGCGAAGACGAAAAAAUUGAAGAUGGCGAGACCUCCGAAGAAGAAAAUGACCCGAUUGUUCAAAUGCUUCAGAAUCGAAUAUUUUUACUUGAAGAGGCAUUACGUCAAAUUGAUAACUAA